AUGAAGUUUGGUAAGAACAUCAGAAGAGAGAUGCAUAACCACUCUGGUAUGCAUUAUAUAAAUUAUAAAGUAUUAAAAAAAUUAAUAAAAUAUAUUAAUAAUAGUAUUAUUGAAAAGGAAUUAGAGAAUGGGAAGGAAUUAAAUAAAAGAUUUGAAGAAGUUCUAUUACAUGAUUUAAAUAUAAUAGAAGAAACAUUUGUAAAAUUAUUUAAAGAGAUUAUGAAUAUAAAAAAAGAGAUUGAAAAGAAUUAUAGUACAUUAGAAAUAUUUGAUAAUAAUGAUAAUAUGAAGAUAUCUAAAGAAUGUAUAUCAUUUGAUACUUUAUUAAAUAUAUUAAAAGAAAAAAAUGUUUCAAAAGAAUUUUUUAAUUUUUGUGUUCAAUUAAGUAUACUCUCGAAUAAAUGUAAGAUUAUAAGAACAUAUGUUAUAUAUAAUUAUAUAGGAUUAAUAAAAAUAUUAAAAAAAAAAAAUAAACAUUGUGGUAAUAUAUAUAGAAAUAUACAAGUAACUGAUAUCUUGUCAAGUUAUACUUGGUGCCUAUCAGAUGAAUUACCAAAAUUAAUUUCAUCAGUUAAUAUUAUUUCUGAUGAAUUUAUGCAGAAAUAUACUAAUACAAAUGUAACCAUUGAAAAAUAUAUAUGCCCUAUUUGUCUAUCCUUAAUACAUGAACCAGUUACUUUAAAUUCAUGCUUUCAUUCAUUCUGUUGGAAAUGUUUAGCUACUGCUAUUCAAAAAUAUUCUAUCGAUAAUUGUCCAUCAUGUAGAACUAAAAUUGUUUAUGAUAAAAAUUCUUUCAAAAUUGAUGGAAUUUUAAACCAGUUCUUAGAAAAGCAUUUUUUAAGUGAACAUGAGAAAGAAAAAAAUCGUCCCAUUAAAGGGGCUCACCAAAAAGGUGGAAGUGGGGUGCAAAAAAUGGACAUGGAAAUAUGCAAGAGGGAAAGUAUUGGGGUGGAAAAUAUUGAGAGGUACAAUAUUGAUAGGGAAAACAUCGAGAGGUACAAUAUUGAGAGGGAAAACAUUGAGAGGUACAAUAUUGAUAGGGAAAACAUCGAGAGGUACAAUAUUGAUAGGGAAAAUACCGAGAGGUACAAUAUUGAUAGGGAAAAUAUCGAGUGUAAAAACAUCAACAGGUGCAAUAUUGAAAAGAAUCAUAUUACAAAGAAGACAAACAAGAACAUCAAUAUUUGUAACAAUUAUAAAACAUCAUCGAAUUAUUCAAACAAUUAUGUAUUAUCAAACAAAGUGUUUGAAAAUAAUAAGACCAGUUGUGUUAUGAACUAUAAUAUAUAUAAUAUAAAAGACGAGGAAAACCCAAAGGUACCACCAUCAACUUAUGAUGGUUCUAUUUUAUCUUCAUCAGAUUCUUCAAAUAGCAAUCAAAAUAAUGGUAUAAAUUUUGUAUAUAUGAAAAAAGGAAAGGAUAUUAUCGUUCCUACGACUAAAAUGAGUAAUGGCUUGACAGCGUAUGAAAUACUAGAUGAUGAAUAUAUGGAUACCAUUGAAAGUUUAAACAAGUAUGUGUCUGUAUUAAAUACGAAUGAUAUAAAUUCUAUGGAUGAACGAGAAAGAGAGUGUAGUGAUUAUAGUGAUGAAUUUUGUAAUGAGAUAUCAAAGGAUAAAAUAAAUAAUAGUGAGAGUAAUCGAAUGAGGCAAGAAAAUAAUUAUAAUAAUAUAAUAAAUGAAGUUUUGAGUUAUACGUUUAAUUAA